UAGGUUGCCUCCAGAGAGAUGGAUACCUUCAUGGAUGGGGAUUUGAGUUUGACUGGUAACGCCAGCCAUGAAACAGGACGAGAAAGACUAGAAGGCAGCAAAAGUCAAGGACUCAACCACAGCGACCCACUGGACAUGUUUAUAGGCAUAGAGCUUCUCCUGCGUUUCAAACCUCUCUUCCUGCCUCUCUACUGCCUUGUAGUGGUCGUGGCUGGGGUUGGAAACUCCUUCCUAUUGGCUUGCAUCUUGUCUGACAAGAAACUCCACAAUGCCACCAACUUUUUCAUCAGUAACUUAGCAGCUGGAGACCUGCUGAUGUGUUUGAGUUGUGUUCCACUGACUGUGUCUUAUGCCUUUGACAGCCAUGGCUGGGCUUUUGGGAGACCCCUCUGCCACCUGAUCCCCUUGCUGCAAUGUGCCACAGUGUUUGCAUCAGUGCUUUCACUCACUGCCAUUGCUGUGGAUCGCUACGUUGUUGUAGCUCACCCAAUACGGAAGAGGAUCUCUGGGUGGGGUUGUGGUGUAGUGACUCUGGGUGUUUGGCUUUUAUCUCUGGCCCUGGCUGCACCUACGUCUCUUUACACACGCUAUAUGGACCUGCGACCCAAUGGCAUUGACCUAGUAGUAUGUGAGGAAUUCUGGCCACAUAGUGGCAAUCUGCGGCUGCUCUACUCUUGCUUCACCCUCAUUGCAUCCUACAUGAUCCCGCUGCUGUCGGUCAGCGUAUCCUACUUUGCCAUCACUGUCAGCCUAAAACGCUAUUCAGUACCUGGGGAGCCAUCCAACAGCCAGCAGCGCUGGAGCCAAAGGAGGAAGAAGACCUUCUCUCUGCUGAUGGCCUCAGUGCUGGCUUUUGCCCUGUGUUGGCUGCCCCUGCAGGUGCUGAACCUGUUGCUGGACCUGGACCCGGACUUUCACAUCAUAGGGAAGCGCUACAUAAAUGUUUUACAAGUCUGCUGUCAUCUAGUGGCUAUGAGCUCUGCAUGUUACAACCCCUUCAUCUACGCCUCACUGCAUAGCAAGGUGCGCAUGCACCUCAAAGGCUACCUCUGUCCUUGCCGCAAUCGUCAGAGGGGGAUGGUGGAGAGGGUGACAUCAAGGAGCUGA